GCUAGGACCCGAUCAUGGUCACCGACAAAAGUUGGGUCCCAUAUAUUAAAGGAUACAGACAGCAGUAUACACAAAGUCGAAAAUGAUGUCUUAAUACAAGAAGUGAAACAAGAUGACUCUAAAGAGAUUAUUGACAGUAUUAUAGAAGAAAGCCAAAAGGUACAACAGCUAGAUGAUGAUCAUUUGGUUUCCAAAGGAAAAGAACUAAAUCAAACUUCAGAUACGAGCACUUGGAUUUCUGGAGCAGAUAUCCUUAGUAAUAUACCAGAACUAUUAGCUGCAAAAAAUGCGUUACAAGAAGAUACUCAAGAGCCUGUGGAUCAGAGCGAGUGUAAGGAAACUGAACUUGAAUCCGGGAAACUUUUGCUUUCUUCUGAUCAUCCCUUUGAGCAACAAGAAGGUGAAACCACUAAUAAACUCGCAGAAAUAAUAAACUCAGCUGAAGAACUUAAAAAUGCUGAAACAGAAACAGCAGAAGAACUAUCUCAAAAUGAGGAAAUAACUGAAGUAAAACAGACAGAUACUUUAGAACAGGUGGCUUCAGAUUGCUUACCUACCAAAGAUCUUGCUACAACAGAAGAAUUGCCUCCAGCCAAACCCCGCAGGCAGCUUACUGUAGAACCUGACAUAGUUGCUAGCACGAAGAAACCAGUUCCAGCACGGCCCCCACCACCAGCAAAUGUUCCUCCUCCAAGACCACCACCACCAGCACGGCCUGCUCCACCCCCACGGAAGAAAAAGAGUGAACUGGACUUUGAGGUGCAAAAAUCAUCUGGUUUAGAUGUUUCUAGAGAGAAUUUUACAACUGGUGGUCUGUUAGCUCCAAGUACAGGGGCAGAGUGCAUGACCAAAGAUUCCCAGCCUUCUUUGGAUCUGGCAAGUGCAACUAGUGGAGAUAAAAUAGUUACUGCACAGGAAAAUGGGAAAGCAGGCGAUGGAGAAACAAUUACAAAUGAAGUGCUUGGACCACAGCGACCCAGAUCUAAUUCGGGAAGAGAACUCACGGACGAGGAAAUUCUCGCCAGUGUAAUGAUAAAGAACCUUGAUACAGGUGAAGAAAUACCUUUGAGCUUGGCAGAAGAAAAGUUGCCCACAGGCAUUAAUCCCCUGACUUUACAUAUCAUGAGGAGAACUAAGGAAUAUGUCAGUAAUGAUGCUGCACAAUCUGAUGACGAGGACAAAAUGCAGGCACAGCAAGCUGACACUGAUGGAGGAAGGUUGAAGCAAAAAACGACUCAGCUGAAAAAGUUCUUGGGCAAAUCAGUGAAAAGGGCAAAACAUCUUGCUGAAGAAUAUGGUGAACGUGCUGUAAAUAAAGUUAAAAGUGUCCGAGAUGAAGUUUUCCAUACUGAUCAAGAUGAUCCCUCUUCAAGUGAUGAUGAAGGAAUGCCAUACACUAGACCUGUUAAAUUCAAAGCAGCACAUGGCUUCAAGGGUCCUUACGAUUUUGAACAAAUAAAAGUAGUUCAGGAUCUCAGUGGGGAACAUAUGGGUGCUGUUUGGACAAUGAAAUUUUCUCACUGUGGCCGAUUACUUGCAUCGGGAGGGCAGGAUAAUGUAGUGAGAAUAUGGGUUUUAAAAAACGCUUUUGAUUAUUUCAACAACAUGCGAAUGAAAUACAAUACAGAAGGUCGUGUGUCCCCCUCUCCAUCCCAAGAGAGCCUGAAUUCUUCAAAGUCUGAUACUGAUGCAGGGGUUUGCAGCGGAACUGAUGAAGAUCCCGAUGAUAAAAAUGCACCCUUUAGGCAGCGGCCGUUUUGCAAAUACAAAGGACAUACAGCAGAUCUACUGGAUCUCUCGUGGUCUAAGAAUUACUUCUUGCUCUCCUCUUCCAUGGACAAAACAGUCAGAUUAUGGCACAUCUCCAGAAGAGAGUGUCUCUGCUGCUUCCAGCACAUAGACUUUGUCACUGCGAUAGCUUUCCAUCCAAGGGAUGAUCGGUACUUCUUAAGUGGCUCGCUGGAUGGGAAACUCCGACUUUGGAACAUUCCUGACAAAAAAGUAGCAUUAUGGAACGAAGUGGAUGGGCAGACAAAAUUAAUCACGGCUGCAAACUUCUGUCAGAACGGCAAAUACGCAGUGAUUGGCACAUACGACGGUAGAUGCAUCUUCUACGACACGGAGCACUUGAAGUACCACACGCAGAUACAUGUGCGUUCUACCAGAGGGCGGAACAGAGUUGGAAGAAAAAUUACCGGGAUUGAACCCUUGCCUGGAGAAAAUAAGAUACUAGUGACCUCAAAUGAUUCCAGGAUCAGACUCUACGAUUUAAGAGAUUUGUCCUUAUCCAUGAAAUACAAAGGUUACGUCAACAGCAGCAGCCAAAUCAAAGCCAGUUUCAGCCACGAUUUCACCUACAUUGUAAGUGGCUCAGAAGAUAAAUAUGUUUAUAUCUGGAGCACGUAUCAUGACUUAAGCAAGUUUACUUCAGUCAGAAGAGACCGUAAUGACUUCUGGGAAGGCAUCAAAGCUCACAACGCAGUCGUCACAUCAGCAAUUUUUGCUCCUAACCCCAGUUUGAUGGUAUUGCUGGAAACUUCGGAAAAACAAGAAGCUGAAAGUACGGGAGAUGAUCCUGAAACGUCUGACACCAUCCCGUCUGGUGCUUUGAAGACGGAUCACACAGAAGUGCUUCUAUCAGCUGACUUCACUGGAGCAAUCAAAGUCUUCAUUAACAGGAAGAAAAAUGUAUCUUAAUUAUUUAUUACUGACAGCAUUCAAGUAUGGUACCCUGAGGAAAAUUCCAUAGGUGAUGUGGAUGGAAGCAAAGUAUCUAUAACAAUGUCACUUGCUGAUUUAUUUUUAAAUCUUUAUUUUAAAGCUACUCAGUUAUUGGACCUCUUGGAAACCAGUGUUGACCUAUUAACACCUGGGCUUGUAGAAUAGAAAGGAAUGUGUAAGAAUAACCUUGCCCAACAAUAGGCUCUACAUUUUCUAAAUACUGUCGUUUUGCUAAAUGAUCGUGAACAUGCACAGGUUUCUGCACGAAAAUAUAUUAACAUUCACACGUGUGUGUGCCUUUUUGGUUACAUGCACUACCUGGAACGUCGAUUAUCAAGAGGCAGAUUAGUGGUGCUUGUGGCGCCUGGACAGUGGGGAGAAGGGGAUAAUAAAGACAUGAUCUAGCUUCAAACGAAAAUGCAGUCUCUUUGCACAAAAUUCCAUUUCUAAGGAAAGUGAUAUAUUUUGGAGUUGUGGUAGUUAUUGCUCAGACUAUUUAAGUUAUGCAAGUUUCUGAUGGAUCAGCGACCACGUGUAAACAUUUUUAUAAAUUUCUCAACUUCAGGACAUGAAUUUUUGUUGUCUUUUAAUUGUUGUGAACUCCCGAUUCCUGCCUUUAUAUGUGUUGUUUUGUUUUGGUUUUGGGCUUUUUGCACACUUGAGCACAAUUUCUAUGUAAAGAAUUCUGUCUCAUUCCUGAUCUGUGGGCACCAGGCUACGUUCACCGAGGUGGGGGGAAAGAUGAAGCUGCAUUAGAAACAAUUCUUAUAUUUUACAACGAUGUAAAAUAAACUGUUUACAUUUUUUUAAACAUUGUAGUUUAAAAUGUUUUAAGUUGUCUUUUUGUUUAGAGCUACUGAAUUUGAACGUCUUUGUAAAUAUUCAUAUAACGUACCUAUGAAAUAACGUUCUGGGCAACAGAGCCCAUGAAAUGUUAUUGAUGGUCAAGGAUGUAUCAUUAAAAUAGGUCACAAACA